GGAAUCCCCCACUUCCUCAAAACAGUGACAUGAAGUGUAUAAAAGGCAAAGAGUCGACAGCAAGCUACAGUCAGAACCAUGCAUUACUUCUCGGAAUUAGUCGCUUGUCUUGUAAUUUUAGCUGUGGCGGAGGGAGUGCGGCGGGAGAUUCGCUUCUUCAGUGGUGAGGACGCAGUCUUGAGUUGUGCGGCGAAAUCAAAACCCGACGUUCAGUACCGUUCCGUCAUAUGGUACAAGGUUUCUGAAGAGCCUUCCCAGCUGUUAUCUGGACUUGUAAGGAAGAGACUAACUGAAAACAAUGGCACAGUGCAAAAAUAUAAAGGUGUCGAACGAGAGGUCGAGCUACUUGAGAGCUCAAUGAGCCUUCUUCUGUCUAAUGUAACUGCAGAGGACAGUGGGAUAUACAAAUGCUUUCUGUCUGCUCCCCUUGGCCAUCAGAACCAAGAAGGUGAAAUCGUUCUGAAAGUCGAUGAGUAUGGUACAGAUGAGAAAAUUAUAUUUAAUAUAAGUGAUACAAUUUAUGGUGUUCUGGCUAUCCCAGUACUCAUUAUUGCAUUCCUGAUGUUCUGCAUAAGCUAUGUUUGUUUAAGGAAUGUAUUUCAAAGCAACAAGAAGCUUUUAAAAGACUCUUUGCUGAAAAUGCAACAUCAAGGGAAAAACUUGAUCGUCCCCAGUCAUUUGAUUUGCAAGACAAUGCCUGAAGUGUAUGUGUGAUGGUAACCAAAGUACAUGGAUUAGUGCUCAGUAGAAGUCAAAUGAAGCUUUGUGCACAGGACAUGGAGAGUCCACAGAGCUUGUGCUGAAGAGGACCAUCGGCUGACGCACAGGAAGUGGCAACCUACUUGUUAAGUUAGUCAAGGUGCAAAGAGUGACAGAUGCAUGCACAAAGGUUUCAACAUCAUCAACAUUAUCUUUUGAAAACGGCAUUUUUACACCAUGAAAACAGUAAGACCAAGAGAAAAAUGGCUUUUUUUCUGUGUUAAAAUUGUGCAUGCUUCAUUAUGGUUGCUUGGUGGUGAACACUGGAAGUGGAGAAGGACUGUGUUUGGAUGUUAUGCUCGGAGAUCAGCGUUUGUCAGGCACACCUACAGGUUUUCCACCAAAGAAAUGAGAUAGUUCUCAGUCUAUAUAGGCGAAUAAAACACUUUCAAAUUAUUUUUGAAAUAAUUUUUUCAAUGUUGACAUUCUUAUAGAAAUACAAACAACAAAA